AUGGCGCCUAAUCACAGAAAUGCCAUUGGCGAGGUCUGCUACAACGUUUCGCUAGAUGCUUUUGACGACAGUCUCCGGGCAUAUCACCAACGCCCAAGAAGAGUGAGCCUCGUUGUCUCCGAAUUCCUCAAAUGCCAGUGGUCAGAGACCAAAAGCGAAGUAAUAGAGGAGUGGAACGGGUGCCAGGAUAGUUGGCAUUGGCCCACCGUCCACGAGACAGACCUUGAGAAAUGGAGCAGUGACCAUCACUGUGUCUGGGUAGGAUGGUUUAUUCCGGCCCUUUACAUUCCAUUCAGCGAGAUGACGAUGCGUUCGAGUCGAGAAGUUGAUGUCAACAAGGGUCAGUGUGUCAACAGCUGUCUGGCCGAGCCCCUAAACUCCUCUAGCGUCAGCAAAGCGUUCAAGGUUGUUUACAAGGCUGAUAUCACCGGCAAAAAGAAGCUGUUCGCUCUCCAUUCUCCGGAUGAGACUGGCAUCUGCGAGGCUGUUUCUGUCCCUGGCGGCAUCCCUAACGUCUUGUUCUUCUCAGAAUGGAGGGACGACGCAGCGACUGGGCUCACAAAUCGUCGGAAAGUUUGGGGGAAAAAGCUUGCAGAACUCCUUUCAGCGCGAAUGGCAGAUAGUCCUCUGGAAAGCCCUACUCUGCUCCAGCAUAGUGGAAGAGAGCGCCAAAAUGUUGACGAUGAGUCUUCAAUGGUCGAAGAGUCUUCGGAUCAUGACGAUUCGCAUGUAAGCGAUGUAGAUUACUUGGCGAAUUCCGAAUCGUCCGAGUCUGAGGAAAUCUCUGAACCAAAUCUCAUCGACACAAAACUCAAGACUUCCGAGGAUGAGGAAGAAGGUGAAAAUGAGGAGAGACAUAUCGACGAGGACGGUUUCAAAGACGUCAGAGCACCUCAACCCGCACCACCUUACGCCCCGUCUCUCGAUCAGUUGCCCAUGGAAACUGCAAUGUACACCAGACUAGUAGCGGGCGAGAAAGCGUCUGAUAUACCGGUGGUGACAUAUCAGGAUAUUUCCGACACCCCGAAUCGACUCAUGGUUACGCUUCGUGUACCCAAGACCGCCAGGCAGAGAGCACGACGAACUCGGGACCUUCACACUGUCCCUACGACCAUGGCAAACACCAACAGGGCAGGAACACGGGCGUGCAAGCGAUGGAUCCCGCAGCUAGCAGACUUUGGACCCGGUCCAAGACCCAAGCGCAUUCGACCUUCCCAACAAGCCUCGACGGGACUCAAAACCGACAACAGAGACGCCAAAGACGAGAUCUCAGUCAAGACUGAGGAAAAGCACGACAGUGAUGACGAGGUCCAAUUCAUUGGCGAGAUGCGCCUUUCCCAGGGCCAACAGAUCAAUAUUCCCAUAGCCAAACCCCCGACAUCACCUCCUAGCGAGAGCGCCGCUUUCAUACUCGACUUCAUUGCUGCCGAUAAGAUAGUAAAGGUAGCUCGUCUUCAGGAUGCGUUCUCUCGGAGGGCCACGCUCAAGGCCUUUCGGCAGCACCUGAAGUCAACAUCUGAGGCGGAGUCUGACGCGCUUGCUCACAACAUUGCGGAGAACGAGGACAAGGUCACGCGUGUCAUGCUUGCAGAGACUCUUGUAGCGGAUCUCAAGGAAAAGAUAACUGGGGUCAUUAAACCUUAUUCAGGCAGUGCGUAA